GCAGCGACGCUCCGUGGCGCGGCGGCCACAGAAAAUCAGCAGGGGCCGAAGGAAGGAACACUCCACCUUCUCUUCUCCGCUUCGUCUUCCUCAGCCCGUUACGCUGCCGCUGCUCCGCUUCGUCUUCCUCUUCCCGUCCCAGUCUCCGCCACUGCCUUUGCCUACCCAUCUCCGACGCACUCCUCCGCCACCAUCCUUGCCUCCGCACCGCCACCUGCCCACUGCCUCGUCCUCUCAGAUCCGCCGCCCCGCGCGGUCGCCGCUCCCGCCUCGUGGCCCCCAGAUCCGCGCCCGGAGCUCACACGCCGCCUCCGGGAUCCGCCACUGUUGCACCAGAUCCUCUCCGGUGGGGAUCCUCCGCCCGAAGCGCCCCGACGCGCCGUCCAGCUUUUAUUAUUCUGCCACAGUACUCUUGGCGAAGCAAGGUUGUGUAUAUUUGCGGUGUCUACUUAAUUCUUGUGUCCGUCAAUAUAAAGCCACUGGAGCAAAGGACGCAUGGAAUUUACCCUAUGAAAUAAAUACUCCCAUAUUGGUCUAUACAUUCACCUAUUGAACUUCACAAUGCUGAAUGUUAUUCUUAGACACACCUAUAUGGUGUUCUUGCCAUUUACUUCUGUGUUUCUGUGCCUCGGAAAUUUUAAGAGCGCUGGUGUUACUUGUGAUGCUCUCUAAAUUUGGACCAUGGAGCAUUCACUGCUUAGUAGAAGGUUCCCAACCGACCCCAAUGAGUAUAAGUUAUCUGAGGAAAUUGGAGAAGGUGUUAGUGCCACAGUAUACCGAGCUCUUUGCGUCCCACUUGAUAUCUUGGUUGCCAUCAAAGUUCUUGACCUUGAGAAAUGCAACAAUGACCUGGAUGGGAUAAGACGAGAGGUGCAAACGAUGAGUUUGAUUGAUCACCCAAAUCUUCUCCGUGCAUAUUGCUCGUUUACAAAUGGGCAUCAGCUUUGGGUUGUCAUGCCUUAUAUGGCUGCCGGAUCCGCCCUCCACAUUAUGAAAACUUCUUUUCCAGAAGGAUUUGAUGAGCCGGUCAUUGCAACUCUUUUGUGGGGAGUUCUGAAAGCUCUCGUCUACCUACACUCUCAUGGGCAUGUUCACAGAGAUGUAAAGGCUGGAAACAUUUUAAUAGAUACAAAUGGAGCUGUUAAGCUCGCAGACUUUGGAGUGUCAGCUUGCAUGUUUGAUACUGGAAAUAGGCAAAGAGCAAGAAAUACAUUUGUUGGGACCCCUUGCUGGAUGGCUCCUGAAGUAAUGCAACAACUGCAUGGUUAUGAUUACAAGGCUGACAUUUGGUCCUUUGGGAUAACUGCAUUAGAACUAGCACAUGGUCAUGCUCCAUUUUCAAAGUACCCUCCAAUGAAGGUGUUGCUUAUGACCUUGCAAAAUGCACCACCAGGUCUAGAUUACGAGAGGGACAAGCGGUUUUCAAAGCAUUUCAAGGAUUUGGUUGCUACAUGCUUAGUCAAGGAUCCACGCAAGCGACCUUCUUCAGAAAAGCUCUUGAAACAUUCUUUCUUUAAGCAUGCACGAUCAGCUGAAUAUCUAGUACGGAGUAUUCUUGAUGGCCUCCCUUCGCUGGGUGAACGGUUUAGGGAAUUGAAGAGCAAAGAGGCUGAGUUACUUCUCAAUAACAAGCUUGGUCCAGAGAUCAAGGAGCAGCUAUCACAGAAAGAGUACAUACGAGGCAUCAGUGGUUGGAACUUCAAUCUAGAGGACUUGAAAAAUGCAUCUGCCCUUAUAGACAGUUCGAAUGGCACUUGUCAUUUAGAUGUCAGGGAUAACAAAGUUAAGGAUGAUUCACAAGAUGCUUAUAGUGAGCCAAAACAUAAUUACCAGGAAAGGGACAAUCGUGUUGCUUCUGGAAGGCCUGAAGAGGAUGAGAUACAAGAAGUUGAAGAUUUGAAUGAUGCUCUCUCCUCUUCUUUUCCAAGCCGCCCCAUUGAGGCACUAAAAUCUUGCUUUGAUGUCUGUGGUGCUGACGAACCCGACCCUACGGCUACUGAUUUGAGGGUGCAACCAAGUGUCGGCUAUGUAGCUGUGCAGCAGUUCCCAAAAAUUGAGCAUCGUAAAAGUGCCAACUGCAAUGGUGAAAGUUUGGAAAGAGGUGUUUCUGUACCCUUUAAUCUGGGCAUGAGUGGAUGCCACAAGCAUUCUAGUGGUUCUUUGAUACCGGAGCAAGUUCUUUCUCCUUACAUGAAUGUUGAUUCAGGAAGGGAUGAGUUUCGUCAGAAAAAUCCAAGCAACAGGAACUGUAGUGGCCCUUUAUUAUUCCGCCAAAUGAAGGAUUCACGCACCCAUCUUGCUGUUGCACCUGAGGAGUCAUCAGAAGGGAAGUUUGUCCGUCGACGGGGGCGUUUUCAGGUUACGUCAGAUAAUGUUUCUCAAAAGGUAGCUUCAGCAGCAUGCAGCAGCAGCAGUACAAAUCUACCAAUUGGAGCAACCCGCCCCUACCACAAGUCCUCUGCAAUUUUAUCAACAUUGCAAUUCUUGAUGCAGCAAAAUACUAUGCAAAAGGAAGUGCUAAGUAGACUGAUUUCUUCAAUUGAGGAAACAUCUGAUGCUUCUGAAGCAAGUAUAACUGGUUCAUCUCAGUCUUCUGGAGCACCUGUCAGAGAAAAGGAGUUGCAGUCAUAUGUUGUCCAUUUGCAGCAAAGCAUCGCUGAACUUGCUGAGGAAGUGCAAAAAUUAAAGCUCCGAAACAAUCAGCUUGAGCAGCAGAUCAACGCAUUGUCAAAAAAGGAUGAAAGGUUGCAAAAAGAGGAUACCCAACAAUGAUGAUAUGCCCCUUUUACCCCCAUUGUACAAUUUAGUUCCCCAAUUUUGAAAUUGGUCAGAUAAUUUAAUUGUAUUUUUUUUUGAAGUCAGGACCCUAUCAUUGUAAUUUGUAAGUAUUUAGCAAAGAUGACAUCAUAGUAAUUUUGAGUUGUACAGCUUUGCUUGGUGGGAAGGAAUAUUUUUCUUUCGUUUAAGGUAAAAUACUUUAUAUGCCGAACA